GGCUGGGACUCUGGGGAAGGCGGCCGGAAGUGAGCAGGCGAGCCGGAAGCGGAGGGGAGCUUCCUCAAGAUGGCAGCGCCCCUGUCAGUGGAAGUGGAGUUCGGCGGCGGCGCCGAGCUCCUGUUUGACGGUGUGAAGAAGCACCAGGUGACCCUGCCUGGCCAGGAAGAGCCCUGUGUAACAACAGUGUGUCCUACGCCUUCCUCUGCAGGGGACAUCCGGAACCUCCUGGUCUGGAUCAAGAAGAACUUACUGAAAGAGCGGCCAGAGUUGUUCAUCCAGGGAGACAGCGUGCGACCGGGAAUCCUGGUGCUGAUUAACGAUGCCGACUGGGAACUGCUGGGCGAGCUGGACUACCAGCUGCAGGACCAGGACAGUGUCCUCUUCAUCUCUACACUGCAUGGCGGCUGAGCACCAGUCUCUGAGCCCUGGCCCCCUUGGCGGAAGAGCGGGAUGGGAACAGGCAGGCAGCCCUGUGGGCCCU